AUGAGGAAGUUUCGGAAAGUGUUGGACGGCUUGACUACCUCUUCCCCGGGAGGGACUCUCGGGUCCCCAUCGUGCGGCAGCGGGGCCGGGACUCCCACCUCGGCGCCAACUCCGAAGGAAAUCGAUGUCCAGGAGACUCUACAGUCGGAAAACUUUCAGCUCUGUAAGACGGUGCGCCAUGGUUUUCCCUACCAGCCCACUGCUCUGGCCUUUGACCCUGUGCAGAAGAUCCUCGCCAUUGGUUCCAGAUCAGGAGGUGUAAGGAUACUUGGACGACCCGGGGUGGAUUGCUAUUGUCAGCAUGAGAGCGGAGCAGCUGUUCUUCAGCUGCAGUUCCUCAUCAAUGAGGGGGCGCUGGUCACAGCCUGCGCAGAUGACACCCUUCAUUUGUGGAAUCUCCGUCAGAGGCGGCCGGCUAUCCUGCAUUCACUCAAAUUCAACAGAGAGAGGAUCACGUUUUGCCACCUCCCCUUUCAGAGUAAAUGGCUGUACGUGGGAACAGAGCGUGGAAACACACACAUUGUCAACAUUGAGUCCUUCGUUUUGUCCGGAUACGUCAUCAUGUGGAACAAGGCCAUAGAACUAUCAACGAAAACUCAUCCAGGACCUGUUGUUCAUCUGAGUGACAGCCCAAAGGAUGAAGGCAAGCUACUUAUAGGUUUUGAGAGUGGAACUAUCGUACAGUGGGACCUGCGAGUCAAGAAGGCUGACUUCAGAAUCUACUAUGAUGAGGCCAUCCAUUCAGUCGGCUGGCACCAUGAAGGGAAGCAGUUCAUGUGCAGUCACUCAGAUGGCAGCCUGACGCUGUGGAACCUCAGAAACACCACCAAGCCAUUCCAGGUCACUUUCCCGCAUGGAAAGGUACAAAAGGAUGGGAGGAAAGAAUCAUGUAAACCUAUUCUUAAAGUGGAGUAUAAGACUACAAGGAGCAGCGAGCCUUUUGUUAUCUUCUCUGGGGGUCUCUCAUAUGACAAGGCGGGACGACGGCCAACGUUAACUAUCAUGCAUGGCAAGGCCAUCACUGUGCUUGAGAUGGACUAUCCUAUUGUGGAGUUUAUGGCACUGUGUGAAACUCCAUACAACAAUGAGGUCCAGGAGCCUUACGCAGUCGUGGUUCUUUUGGAGAAAGACUUUAUUGUGGUGGAUCUGACACAAAGCAGCUUUCCCGUCUUUGAGAACCCUUACCCCAUGGACGUCCAUGAGUCUCCAGUUACCAGCACAGCCUAUUAUGCAGAUUGUCCGCCAGACAUUAUCCCUGUCCUCUACUCUAUAGGAGCUAAACACAAGAAGACUGGUUUCAGCCAAAAGGAGUGGCCAAUCAGUGGUGGAACAUGGACAUUAGGCUCCCACGCUUACCCAGAGAUCAUAAUCACAGGACAUGCUGAUGGUACAAUAAAGUUUUGGGAUGCAUCUGCAAUCACACUACAGAUGCUGUACAAGCUAAAGACCUCCAAAGUGUUUGAAAAGCCAAAGCCAGUUGAGGGCCGGGCGGCAGAGUUAGCAGAGGAGGACCCAUUUGCCGUUCAGAUGGUCAGCUGGUGCCCUAGUAGUCGCAUGUUCUGUGUGGUCGGCAUCUCAGCCCACAUCAUCUUGUAUCACUUCAGCAAGUAUGAGGCCAACACUCAAACAGUGUUACUGGAGGUCCGCCUACAAUGUGAAUCUGAGGAUGUCAUCUCUCCAUCAGAGAAUGAAAAUGAUCCCUGCAUGCCAGAGUCCAGCCCCCACUCACCCCAACCCUAUCAACGACAGCCUGCUAGCCCUGUCAGUGGGACGCCUGAGGGAAUCAAACAAAGCAUCCCCUGCCUUAAGGUGAAGGACAAGAUGGUCCGGGUCCCUCCUGGCUACCAGGCAGAGCUGGUCAUCCAGCUGCAGUGGAUAGAUGGAGAACCUCCGCAACAGAUCACCAGUCUGGACAUAAACUCUGCCUAUGGCCUUCUGGCGUUUGGGAACUGUAAUGGUCUGGCAGUGGUGGACUACUUACAGAAAACUGUCCUGCUGUGUAUGUCGACACUGGAUCUGUACGGAGCCGCCGACCCCUACCAGCGCCUCACCCGCUCCCCACGCAGGCACAGACAGUCAACCUCAGGCCUUACUGAACUCUCCGACAACCAGCAGUCCAUCGACAUGGAGAGAAGCAAGUCACCCACCUCAGUAAAGGGACCAGGCAGAAAGUUAAGUCUGCCGACAGAUCUUAAGACUGAUCUUGAUCAUGUCAAUGGACAUUGCACUAGCCCCACCUCCCAGCCCUGCUCGGCAGGGAAGCCUCGAGUACCGAUGGGUCCUGAGGGACCACGGCUUACGCGCAGAGGCCCCGGCCGACCACCCUUCCGCAAGGCCCAGUCCGCUGCUUGCAUGGAGAUCUCUUUGCCUGUGUCCCACACUGAAGGUGUGUCUACAGAGAGCCGGGAAAACUCCUUCAGCCGUUCACGCAGUUCCAGUGUGUCCAGCAUCGACCGUGACACCAAAGAAGCUAUCACCACACUGCAGUUCGGAGAGUCAUAUGGGCGCAAGAGUGACGCCCUAACAACCCCAUGUCUUUGGGUGGGCACAAGUCUCGGCGUUGUCCUGCUUAUCCCAAUGUCCAUUCCUACUGAGCAGGAGGAGAGGAUGGAGGAGCCGGUGACCUUUGGCCCCAGCGGUGGAGUCCUGAUGCUGAAGGGCUCAGUGUUACGCUUUAGCUUCCUAGACUGCAUGGGUGCUCUCAUUCAGAGUCCCUAUGAAGUUUGGCGGGACACCAACGCUGCUGAGGACCCUGACCGACCACGGAAACGCAAGCUGGUCCACUUUUCCCCAUCGUCCUCACAGGAAACCUAUGGAGAUGGACACUUGGCCGUGGUUUGCUCUGAGAGGCAGGCCAAAAUAUUCUUAAUGCCCUCACAGUCUUGCCUUUAUGUCCACAACAUCACUGAGUCAUCCUUUGUACUGCAAGCCGACGUGGUAUCUGUAUGUAACAGCGUAUGCCUGGCUUGUUUCUGUGCCAACGGACAUGUCAUGACACUCAGUUUGCCCAGUCUAAGACCACUCAUGGAUGUCAGUUAUCUGCCAAUGACAGAUAUGCGCAUUGCACGAACCUUUUGCUUCACAAACGGGGGGCAGGCACUAUACCUCAGCUCCCCAACAGAAAUCCAGAGAAUAACAUACAGCCAGGAGAUGUGUGACAACCUGCAGGAGAUGAUGGGAGAGCUGUUUACACCAAUAGAGACGCCAGAAGUCCAAAACAGAGGCUUCCUGAAGGGCUUCUUUGGAGGAAAUGCUCACACCUUCGACAGAGAGGAGCUCUUUGGAGAGGCAGCAGCUGGAAAAGCCUCCCGGAGUCUGGCCCAACACAUACCUGGGCAGGUGGGGAUGGAGGGCAUGAAAGUGGCGGCUAGUGGAGUAGUGGGAGAGCUGGCUCGGGCCCGCAUUGCUCUGGAUGAGAGAGGCCAAAGGCUUGGGGAACUGGAGGAACGAACAGCCCUAAUGAUGACCAGUGCAGAAUCCUUCUCAAAGCAUGCUCAUGAGUUGAUGCUUAAGUGCAAGGACAAGAAGUGGUACCAGCUCUAAUGGCAGAACAAAAAGCUGAGGCAGCCCUUGGACCGCUAGGAAAAGUAUUCCACGACUUACACUCUGCAAAACAGAGCAGUUACAAGAGAGACUCAAGAGUGACUGAGUCUGCACGACUCCUGGACUGACUCUUUAUAUGAAACGGUCCCUUUGCCAUAGAACGUGGUCGCCCUAGUUUCUUGUCCCAACAUGUUGUGAUAAGAAAGAGAAUGGCGGUCAUUACAGGACUGAUGAUGGUA